UCCCACAUAAAUAAAUAGCGUCAGAAGGAUGUGGGAGAAGAAAGAUGUUGCUGCCUUUGGAAAAAGAACAAUGUUGAGGCAACUAUCCCCUGUUUAUUUUCAGCGCAUGCUUCCAGUCUGGGGAUUACCGACACAUUCCCUCUGGAUUUCUUGCCCACUGAAGGAUGCUCUGUUCUGACGGUGCUUAUUCCGUACCAAAAGCGAGGACUACUGGACUUUUCUCACUGUUUCUACCUAUCUGCCAGAAUUCCACUGAUUUAGCCAGCCAGAGACGCUCAUGGAGUCCAUACCUGUGCUAGAUGGUCCACUUCACAUUUGUGCUUGGCAAUAGACAAAGAGGCAAAUAGAUUAGAAACACUGGCAGCUGAUCAGCUCCAUGGUUUUCUGACUUUAUCGAGGCUGUGAUUUUUGGCAUCUGAUAAAGAGAUGACCCAGGAACAGUGCCCUCAUAGAAACAAUGUCCAGAGUACUGAAAAACCACAAGUGUAUAAAGUGGGGAUCUAUGGUUGGCGGAAACGUUGCCUUUACUUCUUUGUCCUACUCCUCAUGAUCCUCAUAGUGGUCAACCUUGCUCUCACCAUCUGGAUCCUCAAAGUUAUGAACUUCACUAUAGACGGCAUGGGCCAUCUGCGUAUCACAGAAAGAGGCCUGAAACUGGAGGGUGAUUCGGAAUUCCUUCAGCCAUUGUAUGCCAAAGAAAUCCAGUCCAGACCAGGAAGCCCAUUGUUCCUGCAGUCAUCUAAGAAUGUGUCUGUCAACAUCCUCAAUGAGAAGAAACAAUUAGUAUCUCAACUCAUUGCAGGUUCCCAUGGUGUUCACGCAAGAGGCAAAAUGCUGGAGGUAAAGUCAAGUGCAGGAAAGCUGCUGUUCUCUGCUGAUGACCAUGAGGUGGUAGUUGGUGCAGAGAGAUUACGAGUUAUGGGAGCUGAGGGUGCAGUGUUCAGCAACUCAGUGGAGACCCCACAUGUGAGAGCUGAGCCCUUCAAAGAAUUACGGCUGGAGUCUCCUACACGUUCACUAUACAUGGAAGCGCCUAAAGGAGUGAAAAUAGAAGCUGACGCAGGUGAUUUCCAAGCAACUUGUAGAAGCGAUUUACGCCUGGAGUCAAAAGACGGAGAGAUCAGCUUGGAUGCCAGGAAAAUCAAGCUCCUACGUCUGCCAGAGGGAAAAGCCUCCCCCUCUGGAACUAGACAGACUGUCUUUGAGGUGUGUGUCUGUCCCAAUGGAAAACUCUUCUUAUCACAAGCAGGAAUUGGCUCCACUUGCCAGAUCAGCAGCAACUUAUGCCUCUAGAUACUCACAGAAUCCCUUCCACACACACACACACACACACACACACACACACACACACACACACACACAAUUACAACACAUACAGAGGACUUGUUCUUUUCCUGAAGAAGCCAAUGUUGACAAGAACUGCAAAGGAUUUCCUCAAGAUUCAUGAAAAUACUUUGUAAAACAAUGUUUGAACAAGAAACUUUUAAGGUGAUCACCAGAAAACCAUUCGACAUAUUGUGACAGUUGUCAUUCCAAUGCAUUGAUCACUUUUACCAGAGUCCAAUCAGAAUAAUUAAACAUAUAAAUUAUUGUUAUUAUUAAAUUGUUUGUAUUUUAAGUACCAUGGGUGCUUAAUCUUGUGUAUGCCACAUAAAUAAUAUAACAGUUUUCUUCAGUUUUUUUUGUGUCUACUUGUAACACUAACUUGGGUUACACUUUAUUUUGAUAGUCCACUUUCCACUUACUAUAAGUACCUUUUUAACUACAUGUCAACUCUCAUUAAUUUGCAACUACAGUAUGUAGUCAAUAUGUUGUGGACCCAUCAGAAUAAUGAGAAGUUUUAAGCAGACACUCUAAUAAUACUUUAAUGACUGCUAGUUGAAAUGUAUUUGCAAAGUUACUUACUGUUAGUAGAAUGUCUAAAGUGGACUACCAAAAUAAAGUUUUACAUUAAAUUGUGUUAUUGCUCACAUUUUACAUCUACAACUCUCCAUCUGGGAUGCUUCCCAAGACGGUGAUCACCUAUACCCAAACUGUGCUUACACUGGGAUAAAACCCAUACACCCACUCUGUUCAAAAAAGAAGAACAGCGCCUGUGCCUUAAUUCAAUGCACUCGUGGCAAGAAGCACACCCCACUCACUUUAAUUUACACAAGGAUACUUGCAUUUAAGUUACUUGCCUUUUGCUCCCACAAACAAACUACAUUUUUGCAGCUUAAUUGCCUUUUUUCUUUUUUUCCUUUUUGAGAAACCAGUGACACCAAAAUCACACAUUAUGUACUGAUUUCUGCUUCAAUAUGUGUGGGAAAAUAUUCAGAAUUAUUCAGAUUUUGUUUCAAGUGAAGUUUUAAAGUUUUUUGUUGGCUUGGCAGACAAUGAAGAAAAGUUGAAAUUGGGAGAAACACUCUGAUGUAUGAACUUCCUUCUUACUGUACAAUUGAACACUAAAAUGUGCUAAACAAAGUAGAGACAUUCAAAGUAAAGCUGUCAUUCUGUCGUAUAAAAAGAAUCUGUUGAAAAUAUAGGCAUUAUGCAUUCAUACUUCUUCAAUCUUGGGAACAAUCACAGUUCCCAAGAUUGUUUUUAUACAUAUAUGCACUAAUGUUCAAAAAAUGAGGUCUGUAACAUUUUCUAAUGUUUUUGAAAGUCUCAGCAAGGCUGCAUUUAUUUGAUCACAAAUACAGUAAAACACGAUAAAGAAAUAUUAUUACAAUUUAAAAUAACUCACCCAGGAAUUUGUGUAUAUGUAUUAUUUUGUUUUAUUUCUCUUUGUAGAUCUCAAGUGACCCUAUAAAACACUGAAUCUAGUAAUAAAAUGGAUUUUAUAUAUAUAAUAUUAUAUAUCCAUAGCCACUUGACAACUAAAUCUGAAGCAAUGAGGAGUGAAAUCUGUGCUCAUUGUUUGAAAGUUAAAGCCCCUAGGAACUGCUGACAUCCUAUUAACAUGCUAAAUGUUAUAGGUAGUGAAAGGAGAAAAAAGUCUGUAGGUAAUAACACAGCAUCACAGAAGGGCUUAAUCAUAUUCAUUCUCUUUUGAUUUUUCAGGAGAAACUUGAUGUGGUGUGUGUGUGUGUGUGUGUGUGUGUGUGAGAGCUUUUGUAAUGAAUCUUUGCAUGAUUCUAAAAGACAGAAACCAAUGACAUACAAGACAGCCCAGUGUUGAUUUUUUUUUUGAGGUAAUAGUAAAGAGAUGUUUUCCCCUUUAUUGAAUAAAUCAACUAAAAGCAGGACUUUAGGACAGAUAAUUAUAUUGUUUAAUGUGCUCAUAUCACGUUCAAUGAAUUUUUGUGCAAAAUAAAGGUUUCAUCUACAGAAAAUUGUGUACACUUUAUUUUGAUAGGUCACUUUAGACAUUUGACUGACUAUAAGUAACUUUGUAACUGCAUGUCUACUAACUCAAAAUGGUUAGUAGAAUAAGGUGACAUAUACUUACAAAGGUUCUGUUGAAUGUUGAGGAGCCAUCAAAGUAGAAAGGUCUUAGAAAAUAUUAAAUUGACAGUCUACUAAUAAUCGAAUGACUGCUAGCUUAUACAUAGUUGCAGUUACUUACUGUUAGUAAAAUGUCUAAAGUGGACUAUCAAAAUAGAGUGU